GGUAUUAACGGAUGGUCGGUUCGGGUCGGAACUUCUGUCCCUCACGUCAAAGAUCACGGCGGACAGUAUUUGUAGUGACACGAAAGUUCACUGGAUUGGAGACUUCGGGGCUGGCAGCGUCCGUGAUGUCGGGGGGAGGGACAGCAGGUGUGGACCUCAGCAGGAAGUUUGUGUCGGAGGCAGAGCUUGAUGAGAGGAGGAAGAAGAGACAGGAAGAAUGGGAAAAAGUGAGAAAACCAGAUGACCCAGAGGAGGCCCCAGAGGAGGAAUAUGACCCUCGGUCUCUAUAUGAACGACUGCAAGAGCAGAAGGACAAGAAACAGGAGGAGUAUGAGGAGCAAUUCAAAUUCAAGAACAUGGUGAAAGGAUUGGACGAGGAUGAGACCAACUUCCUGGAUGAGGUCUCCCGGCAACAGAGCCUGGUGGAGAAGCAGCGCAGGGAUGAGGAGCGGCAGGAACUGUUGGAAUACAGAAGCGCUCUAGUGAAGCGGGCAAGCACUGAAAACCGCCAAGAACCUGCCAAGAAGGCGGGGCCUAAGCCACUGGGGUCAGAGCAAAAGAGCAGUCACCUCUCUCAGGCUCAUCUAUUGGCUGGAGCCGUCAAAAGACGCAGUUUGUCCCAGUCAUCAGACAGCAGUAAAAAACAGAAGAAGGAAAUGACAGCAACGACACUGACAGGAAAUGGAGACAGACACACAGAGCAGGAGGGGGGAGGACUCACGGCAGCAGCAGGAAGUGGAGGUGGAGAUGGAGGUAGAGGGGCAGGUGCAGGGGCAGCUGAAGAGCAGCAAACCCUCCCUGGCCUGGCGGCUAAGACCCCCUCAGCUGCCCUGGGCUCUGGUCAAGGCAUGCUGCAUCUCCCAUCGGCCGCGGUGUGCAUCGGUGUCUUGCCAGGACUUGGGGCAUAUUCCGGCAGCAGCGAUUCUGAAAGCAGCUCGGACAGCGAAGUUUAAAGCCGAGCAACCAAUCCCGCACAGCCUACCCUGACGACAUCCUGCCCCUUCCCCAACCCCCCCAACCCAAGCCACAGCGACUGCAAGCUGUGCUAUUGGCUGAGGGAACAGUGCUUGACAGCUGUGGAGCAAGGAAGAGACUGCUUAGACUGUGUCACAUGAUUCACACCUUUAGCUGUCAACAGCAGAGGACAGAAAGCUGAGGCAGGACAAGCCUCUCUCUCUCUCGGUCAGAUGAAAUGUGUGAAUGAUUUGAGAGGAGAGUCAUUUGAGUUUUAAUCUGUGUUGUGUUUUAUGUUUUUUUUUCCCCUUAGUGCUUUGUUUAAAUGUCGCACAGAUCGAUCAUGAUCUGUGGAAAGAAUGCUGGACUGUUUUUCAACAGACUGCUGCAGUCUCAUUGGCGGUUUGAGCUGUCGUUUUGUUGGUUAAAGUGUGAAAAGGGAUAAAUAAAGACCUUUUCCCCUUU